GGAUGUCACAUUUGAUGUCAAUGACUUGUACAAGUACCUUAGUGAUGACCAAGGAAAACUAUCCAUUUCAAAAUUUUUGCAGGCCUUGCGUGCAACAGGACUACGAGAAACUGAUCCCCGUUUGAAGGAGAUGAUGGCCAACUUAAAAAAUGUUCAGUCUGAUCUCAAAGACUUGGACGCGGCUCAGAAAGUGUACUUGGACAGGGAGACUUUCAGAGAGUGUAUCACAGAGAACAUCAUACUGGUAGUGAAAGCUUUCAGAAACCAGUUCAUCAUUCCUGAGUUUGUGCAGUUCACACAGAGAAUUAACGAGCUCUUCUGGAAAGCCAAGGCAAACACUGAAGGUGAACUGGCAAGCUACAUCCCACAGUUGGCACGAUUCAACCCUGAGAGUUGGGGUCUGGCUAUAUGUACAGUUGAUGGCCAAAGAUAUGCCAUUGGAGACGCUCAUGACCCAUUCUGCAUGCAGUCUAUCAUCAAACCAUUGACCUAUGCCAUGGUGCUGGAUGAGCUGGGGCCUGAUGUUGUGCACCAGUAUGUGGGACAGGAACCUAGUGGUCAAGCAUUCAACAACAUUAGUCUGGACUUAAUGAAUCGACCACACAAUCCCAUGAUCAAUGCUGGAGCUGUGGUCACCUGUUCUUUAUUGAAACAAGGCAUGAAUAUUGCAGACAAAUUUGAAUACAACCAACAGAAGAUCCUGCAGCUGUCAGGGAAUGAAUAUGUGUCUUUCAAUAACUCAGUAUUUUUAUCAGAGCGUCAGACAGCAGACAGAAACUUUGCAUUAGGCUACUAUAUGAAAGAGAAACAGUGUUUCCCUAAGGGCACAAAUCUACACGAAGUUUUGGACUUUUACUUUCAGCUGUGCUCUGUAGAGAUUACCUGUGAUUCUGGGGCCGUCAUUGCAGCCACGCUAGCUAACGGAGGUAUAUGCCCAACUACAGGAGUCAAAGUUCUUCAGCCUUACUGUAUUCGGGACACGUUGAGUCUGAUGCUAUCCUGUGGCAUGUAUGAUUACUCAGGACAGUUUGCUUUCAAAGUAGGUUUACCGGGCAAAUCUGGUGUGUCAGGAGGAAUAAUGCUUGUGGUUCCUAAUGUCAUGGGGAUAUUUAUGUGGUCACCUCCCUUAGACCGUUACGGUAACAGUUGUCGUGGGAUCCAGUUUUGUAUGGAUCUGGUGAAGACAUUCAACUUUCACAACUUUGACAACCUUCGACACACUGCCAGAAAAUUGGACCCACGGAUGCAGACUGUAGACAAGCAAGGCAACUUGGUUGUGAACCUCUUGUUUGCUGCCUACAAUGGAGAUGUUACUGCCAUCAGAAG